AUGCCAGACAAGGGCCACGAAGUAGACAGGACAGGUGCAGUUGUGAUUGACACUGGCACCGGAACGUGCAAAGCUGGGUUUGCGGGUCAACAAAUACCCCAGGCAGUCAUUGCAACUGUUGUUGGUCAACCCACAGAGAAGUCCAUGAGGACUGCAAGGGACAGGCCAGAUACAUUUGUUGGGGAGCAAGCACUUCUGGAGCCUGAUGUGGACCUCAUUUUGCCACUGAGGCAUGGCAUAAUCAUAGAUUGGGAGGCAGCCGAAAUCCUGUGGCGGCACCUUUUCUACCAUGACCUCAAGGUGGCUCCAGAAGACCAUGCGCUUUUGAUGUCUGAUCCUCCCCUGUGUCCAACUACAAACCGGGAGAAGUUGGUGGAGGUUGUUUUCGAGUCCCUCAACUCUCCGGGAAUGUAUGUGGCCUAUCAGUCGGUCUUGUCAGUGUAUGCCCAUGGGAAAAUCAGUGGGCUGGUUGUGGACUCCGGCUAUUCCACGACACACACUGUGCCAGUCCAUCAAGGGUACAAUUUGCCUCAUGCCACAGAAAGGAUGGACAUUGCCGGAGUCAACCUGACAUCAUUUCUGAUGGACCUUCUGAAGGACAAGGGGCAUUACUUCGACGAAAAGAUGAUGAACGUCGUGGACGACAUCAAGCAAAAGUGCUGUUACGUGACUGUUGAUUUUGAGGACGAGUGGAAUCGUCCGAAGCAAGACUACAUGGUUGACUAUCAAUUACCUGACGGGCAGGUGAUCACACUGGGAAGAGAGAGAUUCCAAUGCCCAGAAAUGCUGUUCAAUCCACCACAAAUGCCCGGGUUGACUCUUCUGGGCAUCCAUGGCAUGGCCCUGAAAAGCUUAAAUAAAGUCCCUGAAGAAUCCCGAAAGGAAAUGUGCGAAAACAUAUUGUUGUGCGGAGGGUCGUCGCUCUUUGAGGGCUUGGAAAAGAGGUUCACUCACGGAGUCAAGGCCAGCAUCCCCAUCAACACAAAGGUGAAGGUCACAAGCAUGCCACUGAGGCAGUAUGCUGUCUGGACGGGGGGUUCCAUCCUUGCUUCCUUGAAAAACUUCCAGCCAUGCUGGGUCAGGAAAGAACAGUACCAGGAACAUGGACCCUAUAUUGUUCACAGGAAGUGCUACUGA